UCUUUUUCCUUUACUUCAUUGGUUGCGAGCAAUGGGUAGUGAGUAAGCACCUCCUCCGAACCCCUUCCGACCUUUCUAUCACACUCACCCAACCCACCCUAAACCCCAUACCAACACACAACACCUCCUCGCCGGCCCAUUCUGCUCACUCCUGCAUCUGACGUUUCCCAGUCUUUUCCGCUAAGGCUCUCCAUUCCACAUUCUUUCUUUCUCUCUCUCUCUCAAUCUCAUCCUGUUCGCAGCACCUCUUAGCAGCCCUCGUCCAUCUUCGCCACACUACUGCCGGACCUCCGUCUGAUUUCAAAUUUUUACUUGAUAUUGCUUAGAGGCGUCUCUAAGGAACAUGGAAAAAGCUACAAUUGAUUCCGCCUCUGAUGUCGAGGAAGAAUAUGUAUUGCUUGACCUUGGUGAUGUAUCGCUGCUUGACAUUCCACCCAAUGCUCCCUACGUUCUAUCUGGUUUGGACACCAUGAAUCCAGUGUUGACUAUCUGUGAUAAAUUUAAGAUGAUUGGAGAAUAUGAAGAAACCAUAGGCACAUGCCUUACCUUUGCGGAAGAGGAAGUCCCUGUGGUUGAAGAAGAAGCUCAGCCAUCUGAAACACUUCGUUGCUCGAGAGAAGAAGUUGAACCAAAACAAGCUACCAAAAAGGAGUUGAAGCUCGUUGCCUGUGUACAUAAGAUCCUUAAAUUCAAGUUACUUGAUUCUGAUGUUCCAAGCUCAAUAUCUUAGUGCACUAAAGAGACAGAUUAAUGUUAGUUCAUAUUUGUAUAUAUUGAGGUGUCAGUUUUAUGUAUAGUUAGAUGCAAUGUGACAGAUAACCUAAGUAAAGAACAAGUAGAGGGAAAGGUGUAUCCUCGUUGGUCAACUCAUCACUAUCCUCUAUAGAAUAGAACGGAGUGUUAUCGUGGAAGCUAAGAGUAUUUUCUUACCAAAUAUUUAAAAUAUUCUCCUUCUCCUUUUACUAUCCCCUUAUAUAAUUGUACAAGUUUAUUA